AUGUCGACAUACGAGGAGAAUUUGCAGAAGCGUAGAGAGAAGCUGCGCGAUCUCGUGUUGAGCGACGAGAUGAAUCUGACGAGAGAGAUCACGGAGGAGGCGCGGCGGGGUGAGGACGCGCGACUCGAGGAAAUGCGAGCGAGAACGGAAGAGCUGAGGAAACGACGCGAAGAGGAACACGAGGCGAUGGUGGCUGCCAAACGGAUGCAGCAAUAUCUUGCCGCGUGUCCAGAUAUCAAGCAGGAGCUGUCAAGGAGACGGGCGAUCGACGCGAAGCGAUGUAACGUGGCGCAGAUGGCGGAUAACGAGGCAAAGAGAUCAGCCGAGAAGGAAUUGGACGAUUUAUGGCACAAGCUGAUGCUGAAGGAGCUCGAGGCGAAAAAGCGCGAAGAGACGGAGGAAUCCGAAAAGCGUGCUUUAGCGCAGCAAGAAAUGGCGCUCGCUUUAACCAGGCAAGUGGAGGAUAGGCUAGUGCUAAAAGAGGGAAGAAACCGGGCCAAACAGGACGAACGACGGGAACAUCUGGAGCGGUUGUGGGAAGACGUGCGUCGAGCGGAAUUGCAGAAUCUCGAAGCGGAAAAGCAGAAGAGGGAAAAAUUGAAAAGGGAACUGGAGGAACAGAUUCUGACGGCGAAGAGGUUUCUCGUUGAGCGCGCUCGCGAAGAGGCCACGGUGGAUCGCGUAUUCAACAUGCUAGUCGAAGAGGAAUUGGCCAAGGAAAAGGCAAGCGCGAAGAAGGACACGAAGGCUCUUCGGGCGGAAUUACUGGCUUAUCUGAAGUAUCUUGAGGACUUGCGGCAGGAAGAGGUCAAACGGAAUCUAGAGGUAGAAGCCAUCGUUGAGCAGUCGCACAGGGAUGUCGAAGAGCGACGCAACCUUGCGAUGAGGAAAUUCAAGGAAGCUCGCCAGCGCGCUGCGCAGGAAGUCCUUCGCGGCCGGGAGGAACAGCUGAGGGCGAAGCAGGAGGCGGAUGAGCAAGAACAACGGUUCAAGAUGGAGGAGAGAGAAGCUCUCGAGAGGCAGAUAGAGAUGAACGCCAACUUGAUCGCAAUGGAGCGGAAGGAGAGUAGACAAAGGGCGUUUCGUUACGGGUUGGAGCUCAAGGAGCAACAGAGGUACGUCCAAGAGAUGAGACGUCGCGAANNNGAAGAGGACCGAAGGUAUCACCGAGAAGAGGCAGUGAGGCAGGCGGAUGAGUAUCAGAAACUCACCGACGAGCUGUUGAAAGCUUCCGAAAACAUCACGCCGCAUCCGUUUAAAGCCCUCUUGAAGGAGUGCGCCGCACGUCACGCGGCGGAGAGGGAAGGACGUCAUUACUGUCCUCCGGCUUUAACUUCCGCAUAA